AUGGUUAAUUCAUCUGGGGGCAUAUCACAAAUGCCACCAUUUCAACACCCAAUCUGUUCACAGGGCAAGUGUUCAGUCAAGUUUAAAGUCACAACUGACUCAUGCCAUACUGAUAAAAAUAAAGUAGAGCCGCUAUACCUUGUAUUCAUACCCUCACUGGUCAACUCUGUCACGUGCAUGUUUAACAGCUUGUUACCCCCAAAUAGUGAACAGUGAAGCAGCAGCUCAAACUAUUUGGGCAUCAAGAUGUGGCAAUGAUGAUGGGAUUUAAGUGACCGUGAACGUGGCGUAGCUGUUGUCAGAGUAUUUCAGAAACUGCAGAUCUACUUGGAUUUCCGUACAAAAACCGCAACUACAAAGGUCGUCCAAAAAAGAGAAACGUUUGAUCUGGAGCACCAUCAUCACCCCUCCCUUUCUCAAUGUCGUUUUUGGGCUUCUGCCCAAAGGAGAGCAUCUUUUCCUGUCCCAGCUGUUCUGUAUGGACAUUUGUAAGCUCCGCUAUCGCCAGCAGAAAAGCAAGGAUAACAGUCAGAAAGAGGAGUCUACAGUCUGAAGCUGACUAUGUCAGUGAUGUUUGGGAAAGCAAAGCCAUGUGCUGAGUGUAACCUGGUCCUGCUUGGAGUGAUGGGAAGCGGAAAAUCAGCUCUCACAGUCAAGUUUCUCACGAAACGAUUCAUCAGCGAAUAUGACCCUUAUCUUGAGGAUAUCUACUCAACAGAUGAGGUUGUGGAUCAACAGCCUGUUACAGUUAGAGUGAUGGACACCUGGGACCAGGAGGGUCCAGUGAACUGCGAGCGUUAUCUGUCAUGGGCCGAUGCUUUUCUGGUGGUCUACAGCAUCGAUGACAAGGAGAGCUUUAAAGGCUGCCAGCUGUACCUGCAGGCACUUUCCUUGCAUAACAACACUUUUAGGUCCCAAACUCCCAUCCUCCUGGUGGGCAACAAGCUGGACAUGGACCGAUACAGGCAGGUGAGCCAGAGUGACGGUGAGGCCUUGGCAGCUCGCUUUGGCUGCUCAUUCUUUGAGGUGUCAGCCUGUUGGGACUUCCAGUCUGUACAGCACAUCUUCUAUGAAGCUGUGCGGAGAGCAAAGCGAGGCAGCGAGCACAGCAGUUUGCUCAAUGUCAGCGAGGACAAAGCGCUGCUUGGCGUCCAUUCCUUCCCCACUCCGUGCUACAGGGAGAUGCCGGUCCCUGCCACUGCCAAGCUGGUCACAGUGAAGACAUCCAGAGCUCAGAGCAAACGGAGGGCCGCCACACUCACUCUGCUCAAGGGGUUUAAGAUCUUCUGACACUUCUGGCUCCCAGCUCUGUGUCCUGUAACAUUAUGCCUGGGAUUUAUAUGACUCUGAGACUGACAGGUUUCUGUAACACAGGGGGAGCAGGUAGAGCUGUGUGCUACGUGUAUUGAAAUCAGUAAACAAGAGAUUCAUUUGUAAAAAGCU